UCUGAUCAUUCUCCGUCAAAAUUUAGGAAGUGGGAUUUUGACAUUUACCAUAUGUUUAGGAUUUAGGAUGAAAAUCAUGCAUUAAGGACAAAAAUCAUUUUCUCUUAAAUUAAACUUUGGUGCUAGUGGUAACUACAACCCCAUAAACCCUAGCUUAAACCCUGAAGAGGUAUGGAUAGAGAAGAUGGGCGAAAAGCGAAUCAACUGAGGCCAUUGGCUUGCACUCGUAACCUUCUUAAUCGUCCUCAUGGCUCUGCUAGUUGGUCUCAAGGGGAGACAAAAGUUCUUGCCGCUGUUUAUGGACCAAAGGCUGGCACAAAGAAGAACGAGAACCCAGAAAAGGCAUGUUUUGAAGUCAUUUGGAAGCCAAAAACGGGGCAGAGUGGUAAAGCGGAGAAGGAGUAUGAGAUGAUUUUGAAGAGGACCGUGCAAAGCAUUUGUGUUUUGAAUGUUCAUCCAAAUACCACCACGUCAAUUAUCAUUCAGGUUGUCAACGAUGAUGGAGCUCUUCUUCCAUGUGCCAUAAAUGCAUUAUGUGCUGCCCUUGUGGAUGCUGGAAUUCCUUUGAAGCACCUUGCUGUUGCAAUAUGUUGUUGUCUAGCAGAGAGUGGACAUAUUCUACUGGACCCUAGCAAGCUAGAAGAGCAGAAAAUGAAGGCGUUUGUGUAUCUAGUUUUCCCGAACUCAACAUUAUCUGUGCUUCCUGAAGAAUCAUUGAAAGUGAGAGGUGAACUCAUGGAACAUGGGCUUAUAACAUCUUUUACGCAUGGUGUAAUGUCGGUUGAUGACUACAUUCGGUGUUUGGAGCGAGGACGUGCUGCCACUUCAAAGUUGUCGGAUUUUCUCAGGAGAAGCUUGCAAUCACAAGUCCAAAGUGACUUAUCCAAGUUGGGUUAACUUUUCCAGGGUCAGCAAGACCGAGAAUCUCACCGACUGGCAAGUCAAUUGAUUCGUUUGUGUUGGAUCUUUGCUGGCAAAAUUUGAACGUGGAAGGUGUCCUCAUUGUUGUAAAUUUUGAUAUCAUCUUGAUGGCUUUGGAAACUAAUCGAAAUAGCUUAGGUGUGGUUUUCCAUGGAAUGUCAGUGUAGCAUAUUCCCCUUUCACUUCACAGAAAACACAUCAUGGGGAAAUGAAGGUGAAACUGUUGGUUCGGCUUGAUGCUAAUGACAGCAGUAAAAAAUUGACUGAGUAUUAGUUUGCA